AAAAUUAGUGCAUCUUAACAUUAACUGCAAAUAGCUGCUUUGCCGCCACCUGUCCAAGAUGUUCUCCAUGUCUCUAAGUUGAUACUCUGCUGUUAACGCCCCCUCCCUCCUCUCCCUCUCCUCUUUCUCUCGCUCGCAUAAACGAUAGAAGAUGAGUUCGUUGGCUUCUUCUGUUGCCUCCUCCUCUCAAUGGAUUUCGAGAGCCUCUUUACUCACAACGCCUUCCAAAUUCCCCAAAUUCCAAUCCUCUUCUCCUCCUCCUCCACUACCUUCUUGUUGUUUCUCGUGUUCUCGCUUGGUGUGUCGUGCCGAAUCGAAUUCCCAGUCCGUGGGGAGCGACCCGAAGUUCAUUCUCCACGAGGCUCUGGAAUCUUCUGGAAUCGACACUUCGCAUGCCAGAGAAGCAAGGGAGGGUUUCUGUGCACAGAUUCGAAAAUUAUCUGAUAUAGAGAGGGAAACCAGCAUCACCAUUAAUAGAUGCGUUGAUUUGGGGAAAACAGCUCUUUAUAUUGCUGCAGAGGAUGAUUCGCUUGUUUCGCACUCUUCCGUUCCUCUCCCUGUGGAUGCUUUCAUUGAAAGACUGGACGACCUUUCCGUGGGAUACUGCUCACAGUAUAACUCUUCCUACAGGUCAUCUCCUGAGAAGUUCUUGGAGAGUUUAGAGAGAUACCUGUAUGGCAUGAAGGGUUUCCGAAGGACACAUUCAAAAAAUCAAGCAGAGCCACGAGCUCUUUAUCUUCACUCGGUCUUGACCCAUCGUUCAGGAUCCAUUGCAAUGCUUUCACUUAUAUAUUCAGAAGUCCUGAAAAUGCUUCGCUUGUGGGGCCUUGUGAAUUUUGAUGUGGAAAUUUUCUUUCCGCAUGAUUUGCAUAGUCUACCUAGAGGCUAUGAUAAACAGAAAAGCAAGGACUCGGAUCAACCACAUAUAAUUACAUCACAAAUGUUAUUGGUGGAGAUUUUGAGAAAUCUGAAAAAUGCUUUCUGGCCAUUUCAACAUGAUCACACCAGGAGUUUAUUCUUAUGGGCAGCACAUGCCGCUAAUUGCAUUGAUAGAUCAAAUAUUGGUGAAGAAAGUGGCUUUCAGAUUGCAUCUGCCAAGGCUGCUCAGCAUCGGCUAGAACGUGGUGUUUGGACUAGUGUACGUUUUGGGGACAUGAGGCGUGCAUUAUCUACAUGUGAACGUCUUAUCCUCCUAGAUACUGAUACAAAGGAAUUAAGAGAUUAUAGCAUUCUUCUCUACCAUUGUGGAUUCUUUGAGCAAUCACUGCAAUAUCUGAAGUUGUACCAGGAUGCGAAGGAUUCUUCCUCAAUAAAACAAUCGCCUGAUUCACUUAGUAACCUGGAGGAAGAUGCCGUGGAGAAAUUGAUGAUACGCCUCAACCUCAUUUUGAUGGAGGAAGGUUGGACCAGGCCAUCAUAUAUUAGAAAUUAUCUAGGUAAUAACUCUGAACCAUGGUAGUGCCUCCUGUAAAUUGUGUCACACAGCCUUAAGAGACCAGAUUUGAAUUUAAAGUUUAUUGAACUUUAAAUCCUCCAAUCGAGGCAUAAGCCGGAAGAGUUGCAAUGCAUUUUGCCAAAAUGACACAUAUCUAGAGCCUAGGACAUUGGAGCCCUAUGUAUAUAACUCAUGUUGUAGAGUUUAAGCCCAUGAGAUCAGUGAGGAGAUUCCCAUUUAGAAGACAUGUAAUCGGAGGACCUUAUUACAUGUUGAUUGGAUAAAAUUAUCCAUUCACACA